GGCGGCGGCGGCGGCGGCGGCGGCGGCGGCGGCGGCUCCGUGUCGCCGGGGCCGAAGCGCGCAGGCCCGGCCCGGCGGUGGGCGGGGGGCGCCAUGUGGUUCAUGUACGUGCUGAGCUGGCUCUCGCUCUUCAUCCAGGUGGCCUUCAUCACGCUGGCCGUCGCUGCUGGCCUCUACUACUUGGCAGAGCUGAUCGAGGAGUACACAGUGGUCACCAGCAGGGUCAUCAAAUACAUGAUCUGGUUCUCCACGGCUGUGCUGAUUGGCCUCUACAUAUUUGAGCACUUCCCCACCUUCAUGAUUGGCGUGGGCCUUUUCACCAACCUCGUGUACUUUGGCCUUCUUCAGACCUUCCCCUUCAUCAUGCUGACCUCGCCUAACUUCAUCCUGUCGUGCGGCCUAGUGGUGGUGAACCAUUACCUAGCAUUUCAGUAUUUUGCAGAGGAAUAUUACCCCUUUUCAGAGGUCCUGGCCUAUUUCACGUUCUGUCUGUGGAUAAUCCCAUUUGCGUUCUUCGUGUCCCUGUCGGCGGGGGAGAACGUCCUGCCGUCCACCAUGCAGCCCGGAGAUGACGUGGUCUCCAACUACUUCACCAAAGGCAAGCGGGGCAAGCGCUUAGGGAUCCUGGUUGUCUUCUCCUUCAUCAAAGAGGCCAUCCUGCCCAGUCGUCAGAAGAUGUACUGAUCCCUCUGGCCAGGGGGUGCCGAGCGAGGUCGGAGGGUCAGAUGGGGGCUCAGGCCUGGAAAGCCUCUGUCCCUGGACUUGCCCCGAAGCGCCCAUCCCCACUGUCCUUGGACUGUGCAGACCUGGGCUCGGAUCCGAUGCCACAUCACAUCAGGCUGUGACCUCAGAGGACACUGGGGCGAGGGGCAGAGUCGGCCCCGCCGGGAGGCCUCAAUCCCUACUUGCACAGCGGCUGAGUUCCCUCAGACCGGCCCGUGCGGGUCGGGGUGUGGGGGGCGGGGGGUGGGCUCAGUCAGAAUGGACCGGGCAGGGGCCAUGACGCGAGAGAACAGACAGUGACAAGUUCUCUGGGACGAUGGCCCACAGGAGGGCCACGGCCUGCCUCUCCGAAGAGAAGUAGUUUUUGCUGUUGAACUGUGAUUCCUGUCCAAGUGCUGAUUCCCCUUUGAAUAAAGAUUCUAGGUGGCCCUGA